AUGGCGCUCGACGACGCCGCGGUCUCGCGCGAGGCGUACGUCGACGGCGCGUUCGUCACCGGCCCCGAUGAGUCGUUCGAUCUCGUGCGCGGACCCGGGUUCGAGCGCGCGCGCGUGGAGCUCCUGGAGAUCGACGCGGAUUUGAUCGACCGCAUCGUGUCCGCCGACGGCACGAUCGCGUUCAAAGGACUCGCGGAUGACGUCGCCGUGGUGUGCUCGAGCGAUAAGACGUACGCGGUGACGCGGGUGGAGACGUCGAACGAGAUGCUGCUCGUGGGCCCGCCGAUCGACGACGAGGAGGCGGUGGUGGAGGCGGCGGCGGCGGCGGCGGCGACGAACGGGCGGCGGCGGGCCACGGCGCGAGCGCGGGCGACGUCGCAUUUGGAUCUGACGGAGAUCGCGCCGAGGCUCGGACGAUUGCGAGAGAUGAUGUCGGGAUGUGCGUUUACCGGUGAGGGCGGGGUGGAGGGGAUGGAGACGGAUGACGCGGCGAGCGGGGGGGGCGCGUUGGACGGGUACGCGUUUGAGGAUUUGGACGCGCGCGUGCAGGCGAGCGCGACGGAGAUCACGCGGUGUCUCGAAGACGAGCUGGUGGCGAUAGAGAUCGAUGGGAAAUGGCGAGGGGUGGAUCCGGAGUACAGGUUGCACGCGCUGUCGAUGCUCGCGGUGAGCGCGAGCGGGAACGGAUGGGCGCUCGACGCGCUGCCCGAGGCGGAGGUGACGCGCGCGAUGACGAGCGACGGAUUCAUUCCGGAGAUGGCGAUGAACACACUCAGGGCGUUCGCGACGCCGAACGAUGACGGCACGUCGUGGGCGCUGGACGAAGAGCGGGUGUGUCGCGCACUCGCCGAGCGCGUCUUGCGAGACGGUUUGGGUUUGAAAAAUUGGCGCCUCGUGGACAUGAUGGAGACGUGGCGCAACAAACUGAGCGAAAUUGGUCUCGGCGCCGUGGAGGUUCGCGAGGAAUAUCUCGCUGGGUUGGCCUUGAUCGAGCGACCGGAGAAAUCUACGGAGGCGUUCGUGCAAACGUUCAUCGCGAAGGAUCUCCCGACGGAGCCGCAGGAUCGAUUCAAGGCGUUGUGGGCGCUCAAACCGCGAUGGUCCAUGGCGGAGCUCGAGCCGUAUCUCAAGGGUCAGGCUCGUCCAGGGCAGACGAUCGAGUCGCAGUUGCUCAAGCACUGUCGCGUGAUCCAGGGCAAGCCCGUGUUGUACUCGAAGAGAUGA